UUGACAGACGACAGUUAUCAUCGUAUCUCGGAUAAUACCUUGCAUCACAUGGUCGACAUUUUAGAAGCUAUUGGCGAUGAGACUGAUCUGGAUGGAUUUGAUCUUGAAUAUUCACAAGGUGUAAUGACUUUGAAUCUUGGUGAACACGGUACCUAUGUUAUCAACAAACAACCUCCCAACAAACAAAUCUGGCUUUCAUCUCCAAAGAGUGGUCCUAAACGAUAUGAUUAUGAUGCCAACAAACAGAAAUGGUUCUACAGUCGUGAUAACCAUACCUUGGAUGAACUAUUGAAUAAUGAAUUGGGUGAUAUUUUGGGAAAAGUCGAUGUCUUGGAAGGAUUAGAACAAAAUGAAUGA